AUGUCUACAGUAGCCUUACCAUCAAGUGCUGAUGACAGCCACAAGCAGCAGUUGGCAGAGCGUUCUGAAGAGUCAGAGUAUGAGACAAUUAGCCAAGAUGAAGAUCUUGGUUCUCCCACAGUGACACCCUAUACAAUUGACGAUGAUUUCUCUUUCUCCUCGCCUCAUCCUUUGAAAAGAACUACUAGAUCCCAUGAAGAGCCUACGACUAGCAGCACCGUUGAGCAACCCAAAAGCACCAUUGAGCGACCCAAAAGCACCAUUUCCACACCUAGCUUCAAGGAGCAUUCUCAAGAGCAGGUAGCUCAUGAAGGAGGUGCUAGCCACCAUCAAGCCGAAGCUUCUGCUAAACCAUCUGCUGCUGCAAAGAGCACCUUUUUAUCAACACCCUCUGUUCAACCAGCAGCAAGUCAUCGAGAGGGUGCAAAUCGACAAGAUGGCCAAGGUUUUACUCCAAAGUUCUCAAACCUCUCUCAAAACACACAAGAAUCUUUGCCUAACAAUCAACAAGCAACCAUGUCGCCUAAUACCCGUGCCAAUUUAUCCCAAGAAGCAUCUGGCCAGCGACCCAUUGCUUCUCCCAGAGACAGCGUUAAUCAACAGCAACAACGAGAAGGUGGCCAUCAUCAUCAUGUACAUAUUAGAAUCUUCAUCCUUCAACGCCGAGUACACGGUGCUUUUGCUGUGUUGAUGUACCAUCUGUUGAACGUUCUCAAGAUUAUGUUCUUUGCUUCCAUCUUGUACUAUAUGUAUACCAAGGAGAUGAUCCCUUUGCCGCCCCUUUCUGGAAGAGAGAAGCUCUAUGUCCUCAAGCGCAUGUGA